UUAGGAAUAAGAAUGCUGAUAAGAUCAUACAAAUCAACAAGGGAAAUGGCGACCUCAGUCGAUGGGACUGAGACUGUGGGUGAAGCUGCUGGGACCACACCCUAUGACUAUGAGGGGGCACUGCCAUGUGAAAAAAGCAACAUCAAGGAGCUGGGGGCUCAGUUCCUGCCCCCACUGUAUUCCCUGGUGUUCACGGUUGGUCUGCUGGGCAAUGUAGUGGUGGUGGUGAUCCUCACAAAAUACAACAAGCUCCGGAUUAUGACCAACAUCUACCUGCUCAAUCUGGCCAUUUCCGACUUGCUCUUCUUAUUCACUCUGCCGUUCUGGAUUCACUAUGUUGGGUGGAAUGAGUGGGUUUUUGGCCACCAUAUGUGUAAGUUGCUCUCUGGGCUCUAUUACAUGGGCUUGUACAGUGAGAUCUUCUUCAUCAUACUCCUGACCAUAGACCGGUAUCUGGCCAUCGUGCACGCCGUGUUUGCCCUUCGAGCCCGGACGACCACUUUUGGUAUCAUCACAAGCAUCUUCACCUGGGUCCUGGCAGGGUUAGCAGCCCUCCCUGAAUUUAUCUUCCAUGAGUCCCAAGAGGAGUUUGAACAGACUUUCUGCAGUCCUCUUUACCCAAAGAAUGGAGAGAAUGCCUGGAAGUGUUUCCAUGCUCUGAGGUUGAAUAUCCUGGGUCUCGCUCUGCCUCUGCUCAUUAUGGCCAUCUGCUACUCAGGAAUCAUUAAAACACUGCUGAGAUGCCCCAGUAAAAAAAAAUACAAGGCCAUCCGGCUCAUUUUUGUCAUCAUGGUGGUCUUCUUUAUUUUCUGGACACCCUACAAUCUGGUUGUCCUCCUCUCAACUUUUCAAGUGCACCUGGAGACUGAGUGUGAGCAGAGCAGACAGCUGGACCUGGCCAUGCUGGUGACGGAGGUGAUCGCCUACACCCACUGCUGUGUCAACCCCGUGAUCUACGCCUUCGUUGGUGAGAGGUUCCAAAAGCACCUCCGCCACUUUUUCUACAGGCAUGUGGCCAUCUACAUGGGCAAAUUCAUCCCAUUUCUUCCUAGUGAAAAACUGGAAAGAGCCAGCUCUGUCUCCCCGUCAACAGGGGAGCAGGAACUCUCUGCUGUAUUUUAG